UGAUGUAUCAUCAUAAUGGUGUCUGAUUGGUGGUCAUCAUUUGGUGUGUCAUCAUAGUGCUCUCUGAUUGGUGGUCAUCAUUUGGUGUGUCAUCAUAGUGCUCUCUGACUGCUAACAGCCUCCUAACUAGCUUCAAUGCUGCACAGCUUUAAAACGUUUGUCUCUCAUGAGGAAUGGUGUCUCCUGUCCUAUGAUGACCCUUUCCUCUUUACACCUCACCCAUUUAUUUGGUGAAAUCAGAAGCAUUCCUUUGUAUGGUUUAGACAUAUUAUCUUAAAGCCAAAAGUACACUUUAUAAUAUGCAAAUCAAUGAAGAAGACAAAUAAGUAAAAUAAAAUAGUGAAUGCAGGUUGACUUGGACAAAGAUCUGCUCUUGUGGAUUAUAAACUAACAGUUUGGGACAUAAUAUAUUAUGUGGAUCAGAGUGUUCCACCUAGUAACACAGCCCCUUCCAUGCUCCCUCUUUAUCAGAUCUACCCAACUGAGAGCUGUGCUGUUGGAAUGAAAAGAACCAUUGUUGCCCCGGGAAGCACAACUCCAUGACAACUAGCCACAUUGGCUGCUUUUAACAGAGCCCUUCUCUCUCUGUAGGGGGAGAGAGAAUCAGAUAGAAAGGGGGAAAGGGAAGCGCAAGUGAGUGGUCUGAGAGCCCUAAAGCAGACCAGGGACUCUUUUGUGUGUUGCGAUGCAGAUGGAGAAACUGUGUGUUGUACACUCUUAGAAAAAAAGGUGCUAUCUAGAAUCUACAAGGGUUCUUCGGCUGUCCCCAUAGGAGAACCCUUUGAAGAACCCUUUCCAGAGAGGGUUCUACAUGGAAUCCAAAAAAUAGUUUUUACCCGGAACCGAAAAGGGUUCUAACUGGAAUCAAAAAGAGUUAUCCUAUGGUGGCAGCCAAAUAACCAUUUUGGAAGUCUUUUUUUCUAAGUGUGUAGUGUAUACUGUACUUGUGCUGUUUCUGAGCCCUUGGCUGUACUCUCCUCCUGUCUUCACCGUACGGCCGAGCCGACCGAUCAACCGCUGACGAAGCAGCUGUGGCAGAGCAACGUGACAUCACUCAGAGUGAUGUCAGCACAACACAACCCAGCCAGCUGCUGAUGAGGCAUCAGAGAGAACCCUGAUUCUACUGCAGUAUAGAAUCUACCUGGCCCCUGAUUCUACUGUAGAAUAUAAUCUACCUGGCCCCUGAUUCUACUGUAGAAUAUAAUCUACCUGGCCCCUGAUUCUACUGUAGAAUAUAAUCUACCUGGCCCCUGAUUCUACUGUAGAAUAUAAUCUACCUGGCCCCUGAUUCUACUGUAGAAUAUAAUCCACCUGGCCCCUGAUUCUACUGUAGCAUAUAAUCUACCUGGCCCCUGAUUCUACUGUAGAAUAUAAUCUACCUGGCCCCUGAUUCUACUGUAGAAUAUAAUCUACCUGGAACCUGAUUCUACUGUAGAGGUGUUCUAUAGUAUAAAGACCGGUAUGUUCUACAAACACUCCUGGACUGUCCUCCAGGAUCCUAUGCCUGUCUCUCCUCAUGUCAUAUAACAGGAAACAUCAGAGCCUUGGUUGUGCAGUGGAGUAUAGUAUAGAAUCUACACCUUCCUAGUUUUGCUGCAGAGGUUUUCUAUACCCUCCUAGACACUCUCUCCUGUUCCACCCCCUCUGCUGCUAUUAUGGAUUCUAUACCCUCCUGGUUCUGCAGUGGAGGACAUUCUAUACCCCCCAUGGUUCUGCAGUGGAGGACAUUCUAUACCCUCCUGGUUAUGCAGUGAAGGACAUUCUAUACCCUCCUGGUUCUGCAGUGGAGGACAUUCUAUACCCUCCUGGUUCUGCAGUGGAGGACAUUCUAUACCCUCCUGGUUCUGCAUUGGACGACAAUCUAGACCCCCUGGCUAUGCAGUGGAGGACAUUCUAUACCCUCCUGGUUCUGCAGUGGAGGACAUUCUAUACCCUUCUGGGUUUUCCGUUUGGAGGACAAUCUAGACCCCACUGGUUAUGCAGUGGAGGACAUUCUAUACCCUCCUGGUUCUGCAGUGGAGGACAUUCAAUACCCCCCCAUGGUUCUGCAGUGGAGGACAUUCUAUACCCUCCUGGUUCUGCAGUGGAGGACAUUCUAUACCCCCCUGGUUAUGCAGUGGAGGACAUUCUAUACCCCCUAUGGUUCUGCAGUGGAGGACAUUCUAUACCCCCUAUGGUUCUGCAGUGGAGGACAUUCUAUACCCCCCCAUGGUUCUGCAGUGGAGGACAUUCUAUACCCUCCUGGUUCUGCAGUGGAGGACAUUCUAUACCCCCCUGGUUAUGCAGUGGAGGACAUUCUAUACCCCCUAUGGUUCUGCAGUGGAGGACAUUCUAUACCCCCUAUGAUUCUGCAGUGGAGGACAUUCUAUACCCCCCCAUGGUUCUGCAGUGGAGGACAUUCUAUACCCUCCUGGUUCUGCAGUGGAGGACAUUCUAUACCCCCCUGGUUAUGCAGUGGAGGACAUUCUAUACCCCCUAUGGUUCUGCAGUGGAGGACAUUCUAUACCCCCUAUGGUUCUGCAGUGGAGGACAUUCUAUACCCUCCUGGUUAUGCAGUGGAGGACAUUCUAUACCCUCCUGGUUCUGCAGUGGAGGACAUUCUAUACCCUCCUGGUUCUGCAGUGGAGGACAUUCUAUACCCUCCUGGUUCUGCAUUGGACGACAAUCUAGACCCCCUGGUUAUGCAGUGGAGGACAUUCUAUACCCUCCUGGUUCUGCAGUGGAGGACAUUCUAUACCCUUCUGGGUUUUCCGUUUGGAGGACAUUCUAUACCCUCCUGGUUCUGCAGUGGAGGACAUUCUAUACCCCCCCAUGGUUCUGCAGUGGAGGACAUUCUAUACCCCCUAUGGUUCUGCAGUGGAGGACAUUCUAUACCCCCUAUGGUUCUGCAGUGGAGGACAUUCUAUACCCUCCUGGUUCUGCAGUGGAGGACAUUCUAUACCAUAGAGAUUAGAUAUCGCUAUGUUUUAUACCCUCCUGGUUCUGCAGUGGAGGACAUUCUAUACCCUCCUGGUUCUGCAGUGGAGGACAUUCUAUACCCUUCUGGGUUUUCCGUUUGGAGGACAUUCUAUACCCUCCUGGUUCUGCAGUGGAGGACAUUCUAUACCCUCCUGGUUCUGCAGUGGAGGACAUUCUAUACCCCCCUGGUUAUGCAGUGGAGGACAUUCUAUACCCCCUAUGGUUCUGCAGUGGAGGACAUUCUAUACCCCCUAUGGUUCUGCAGUGGAGGACAUUCUAUACCCUCCUGGUUCUGCAGUGGAGGACAUUCUAUACCCUCCUGGUUCUGCAGUGGAGGACAUUCUAUACCAUAGAGAUUAGAUAUCGCUAUGUUUUAUACCCUCCUAGACCCUUCCUCCAGUCUCUGCUCCAGUCUCUGCUCCAGUCUCUGCUCCAGUCUCUGCUCCAGUCUCUGCUCCAGUCUCUGCUCCAGUCUCUGCUCCAGUCUCUGCUUCAGUCUCUGCUUCAGUCUCUGCUCCAGUCUCUGCUCCAGUCUCUGCUCCAGUCUCUGCUCCAGUCUCUGCUCCAGUCUCUCCUCCUGGACCUUCCUCAUGUCACGUGACUUAACAGGAAAGUGCUGUGUUCUAGCCAGAGACCAUCGGACCCCAAAUCCCCACCUUCUAUCCCCGGCAUCCAUCCAGUUUGCCUCUCUGUGCGAAGUUUAACAGAUCAUGGCAAGGAUGAAAGGGCGAUGACGUUCUCCACCUACCUAGUGCCCCCACCUCCACCUCUACCUACCACACCCUACAGAACACAUCUAUUGCCAAAAGAACCUACUAGUCUGUGUCCUACAGAACACUACAGCCACGCCUACAGCCAAUAGAACUCUGCCUUCUACCAUGAUGCCCUGGAGAACUGUCCUGAAUGUCCUACAGAACACUGACCUACAGAACACUGACCUACAGAACACUGUCCUACAGAACACUGUCCUACAGAACACUGACCUACAGAACACUGUCCUACAGAACACUGUCCUACAGAACACUGUCCUACAGAACACUGUCCUACAGAACGCCGACCUACAGAACACCGACCUACAAAACGCCGACCUACAGAACACCGAUCUACAGAACACCGACCUACAGAACGCCGACCUACAGAACGCCGACCUACAGAACGCCGACCUACAGAACGCCGAC